AUGUUAUAUUCCAUUAGGGAGACUGAUGCAGAAGCAAAUUUGUCUUUAGAUUCAUAAACAGGAAGGAAAUCUUUAAAUUCUGAUGUUUAAAAAAAAUCAUAUAGUCGAUCAUUGCCCAAACAAUAACAUAAUUUAGAUUAGGAGAUAUAAAAAUUAAACGAUAUCAUCGUGUAGUUAAGGAAGGUCGAAUAAUUGCUUCUCAAUUAAGUCAAGGAUUUGAAACAUUAGUUGGAGGAACAAUUCAAAAAUUCGAAUAGAAAUCAGAAAUACAUUGAUGAAUUAAAUAAGGAACUGUAGCAAAUGUCUGAUAAAUUGCAUAGUGAAAUUAUGCACAAUGGGUAAUUACAGAAGAUAAAUAUCGAAUUGAAAAAAACUAUACUAAAAUUGGAAUAAGAAAUAUGUCUGAAGAAUUGCAAAUUUUAAAGUACUAUUAUAUUAAGGAAGAUCUAAAUAUUCCCACGAACAUAAAUUUAUAGAAUCUCUUUUGCAUAUGGUGGUUAGUUGCCAUCCAGACAAUUCAUUUCGAGAACAACCUUCACUUAAAUAGACUUGGAAGUGGCUCAAGUUGAUACUUGCUGAUUAUAUGACACUCAAAUAACAGAGUAGAAAUUUUCAAGAAAACUCUGGUUAAAGUUCAAGUUCAACUAAUAAAUGAAUAUUUAUUUAUUUAAUAUAUAAAAAAAUUUUU